GGGGGACGGACGGGGGAACCAAGAUGGCGUUUCUACGCUGUAGGCGAGACCCGUGUGGAUUUAUAUGUCUCAUACUCACUUAUUUCAGCGUUUUUUACGCCGACUAUGUGGUAAUUCAGUAUGUCCUCAUCCCUGCCUACUCGGGAAGUGUGUGGUGUACACUACAUGGGUCAGUAUUUAACUUGAUUCUACUACUGCUGCUGGCCUGUCACUCCAAAGCUGUCUUCUCAGACCCAGGUAUGGUUCCUCUACCAGAGACGGCUAUAGACUUCUCUGACCUGAGAUCCCAGAAUUCACACAUGAAUGAGAGGGGUUGUGAAGGCUGGACUGUUUGUAGUCGUUGUGAGACAUACCGCCCCCCCAGAGCUCACCACUGUAGAGUAUGUCAACGAUGCAUACGACGCAUGGACCACCACUGUCCCUGGAUCAAUAACUGUGUUGGAGAGUUGAACCAGAAGUACUUCAUCCAGUUUCUCUUCUAUACAGGUAUGGCCAGUCUCUACUCCAUGGCUCUGGUGGUGGCAGCCUGGGUGUGGAGAAUACGGAGCGAGAGAGACGGGGAAGGAGAGAAAGAAGGAGAGGAGUCUCCCAGCAAACACCUUAUUGUAGCUCACUACAUCAUCCUCCUGGUUGAGUCGGUGUUGUUUGGUGUGUUCGUCAUGGUUAUCUUCUACGACCAGUUGGUGUCCAUUAUAACAGAUGAAACUCCUAUAGAACAUAUGAGGAACAGACUGCUGAAAGACAGAACAUCGAUCACCAGCAGCACCUCUCAGCCACCGACACACAUCCCACACACACGCAAGCCCAAACUGGCCCUGCUCAGAGAGGUCUUCGGGAGAGGGUCGGUGUUCUGUUGGCUGUUCCCUCUACAUUCCAGUCCCCCCACCGUCGGUGGAAUCAGCUACUCGGCUGUUCCGGAUUAUGAUGUCUAACGUUCCCACAACAUUCAAACAACAUUCUGGUGAUAGCGUUAACGUUGUGGUUACGUUAUGGUCAUGAUAUAAUUAGGGCUGUCAAAUAAUUCAUUUAAUUUCGUGACGUUAGUUAAUCGCAAUUCAUCACUAUGUUUCACACACACACACACACACACACACACACACACACACACACACACACACAACUGUUAAAGCUUCAGACAUUCUGAAUGAGUGUGACUUUAGGAUAAAAUAACUGGCUCUAUGGAUACAAAGAACAAUGUUCUGAAAACACUGUAACCAUCUGUACUGAACACACACGCAGACCUACACACUCACUCCUCACCACUCUCUCUCUCUCUCUCUCUCUCUCUCUCACUCACUCUCUCUCUCUCUCUCUCUCUCUCUCUCUCUCUCUCUCUCUCU